CACUCAUCAUUUCGACCCAAAUACACCAAGAAGGAGAGAAGAGCUCUGCAAACUUCAUCUCCAUAGCCCAAAUCCGAACUCAAGCUAAAGGGAGUCCAAGAAGAAAGUUUAAGGAGGAAAAAGUGUGAAAAUUAAGGAACUUGAUUUAAAGUAUUUUUGAGCUUCGCCGGAGUUUCGUCGGAGUUGGUCAAAGUUCGCCAGAGUUGGUCAAAGUUCGCCGGAGUUGGUCAAAGUCCAAUCGAGAGACGUAGAACGCGCUUAAGCUUAAUUAAGUUUCAGGUAGAACUUGAAGGUUGCUACCACCAGCCGCUGCUUCGAGAAGUUUCUGAGGAGAAGACUUGAAAUGGAACCAAUUGGAAGGAUCACUAGGAGGAACCCGUUGGGCCGUGCACCGGGUGGGUCCGAGCGCGGUAGCCGGGGGUCCUCUAGGGGAUCAAGAGGAAGGGGCCGUGGAGGCCAACGUCAAACCGUGAGCGAUGGCCACGUUGAUACCGAGAGUGAGACCUAUUGGUCCUAUGAGGACUCAACUUACCAGCCGGGGACUGAGCCAGUUGAGACCCCUUACGAAGAGAAUGAUGUCGAUGUGAGUGAUGAGGAGGAAAGUGGCUCCUUGGCCAGAAUCGAAGAGCUGCUCCAACAGUAUCAUCGGGAGCGCGAAGAAAGGAGGGCACGCCGAAGGCACCGUGCAGGGCAACCUUCGGGCGGGGCUCCAAGAGGGAGGAGCUUUUGUGAUUCGAGAACCCAUGUGGAAGCGCAUGGGAGUCGGGGCGAUGGAGGUCCAGUCAUAAGGAUCUCCAAAUACAUCAAGGAGGCGAGGGACUUAGGGUGCAAACCGUUCGACGGGACGGGAGACAUCUUGGUUGCCGCCCAGUGGAUCAAGAGGCUGAACGAGGCAGCCCUUGACAUGCAGCUCACCCCCGAUUUUAAACUGAGAAUCGCGGUAAGGUUACUCGAAAGGUUGGCAUCCAAAUGGUGGGAUGGAACCAAGGGUAAGUAUGGCGGAACUGUUACAUGGGAGGAUUUUCGACAAGAAUUCUUUGCCCAGUACUACUCUGACUUCGAAGUAAACGCCAAGGUGAGGGAAUACACUCUCCUAAACCAAGGCGGUAACAUGACGGUGAAAGAACUUGAGAACAAGUUCAGAGACCUUGCUGAUCACAUACCGGAGUAUACUUGUGAUGAAAACCGAAUGGUGAAUCAUUUUUUGGAGGCCUUGGACUUGGAGAUACGUGACAGGGCAACUCAAUUGCCCAAUAUGACUUUCAGCCAAGUGGUUGCCCAAGGGUUGAAGGGAGAAAAGCAAUGGGAGGAGAGGAAGAAGAGAGAUGCCGAAGAGGCCAAGAAAAGGAAGUGGGAAAGCCAUGGCCCCCAAGGUCCCAAUAAGAAGGGGAACCACGGGGGAGGUGGAUCGUUCAGGGCACCGGCAGCACCAUCCAAGGGAAACCCGGCCACGAGCGGGCACUACUCGGGCUCACAAGCCCCAAUGACGCCAAGGUGCAGGAAUUGCAACAGGAACCACACCGGUAAGUGUCGUGAUCCACCACGGUGCUACCAAUGUGGGAGUACAGGGCAUAUUAAGCCAAACUGCCCUCAACUUGGUGGGAACCGGGGGUCGGGACCAAGCGGCGCUACCACGGCAAGUAGGAACCGGGCCGGAGCACCUCAUGCCAGUGUGGGCCAGGGGGGAGCGAGCACGAGCAAUGGCGGAGGAAGCGGGGGUCGGGACCAAGCGGCGCUACCACGGCAAGUAGAACUUGAAGGUUGCUACUACCAGCCGCUGCUUCGGGAAGUUUCUGAGGAGAAGACUUGGUUCGUGCUUCUCCCGUUCUUGUUUUGAAAAUAAUAUGAAUAAUGCUCAUGGAUAAUAUUUUCUGAAUAAUUACUUUGGGGGCUUGCACGCCUAAUUAUGCCAAGUGUGGCUUGAACACUUGUAUCAAUUGUUUCCACUGCUUUAAUAAAUGUUUUACAUUAUGUUUGUUU